AUGUCUGGUGAAUCUCGGGAAGUGAAAACGCACCAGAAGAAGUCUAUUUUUGAAUUUGAAGGGUAUGCCGAUGAUGACGACGAUGAAGAGGUGCCAGAAAGAGAAACAGCAAUCGACCCUAUUUGGGAAAAGCAACAGAAGAAGACGUUUACUGCUUGGUGUAAUCUACAUUUAAAGAAGAAGAACGCAGAAAUAACCGUCAUUGAGGAAGAUUUUCGUAACGGGUUCAAUUUACUGUUGCUCCUGGAUGCCAUUUCUGGCGAACAGUUGCCUCCCCCUGAGCGCGGCAAACUUCGCGUUCAUAAAAUAUUAAAUGUUAAUAAAGCACUGGACUUUAUUCAGAAGAAGGGUGUCAAAUUAGUUGGUAUUGCUGCUGAAGAGAUUGUCGAUGGAAAUGUUAAGAUGACUCUUGGCAUGAUAUGGACCAUCAUCUUACGAUUUGCUAUUCAAGAUAUUCAAAUUGAAAAUUGCUCUGCUAAUGAUGGUCUUCUUCUCUGGUGUCAGCGUUCUACUGAACCCUAUCCUGAAGUUAAUGUGAAGAACUUUAAUACUAGCUUUAAAGAUGGAAAGGCCUUCUGUGCCAUCAUCAAUCGGUAUCGUCCUGAUCUACUUGACUUUAAUGAUGUUGCCAAGGCGUCCGCUCGUGAUGCACUUACGAAGGCUUUUGACGUUGCGGAGGAAAGCCUUAGCAUCCCGAAAAUGCUUGAUGUUGAUGAUAUGAUUGAGUCAGUCAAGCCCGAUGACCGCUCUGUCAUCACAUAUGUUUCAUGCUUCUUCCACUUGUUUGCUGAGGCUGAGAAGACUAGUGCAGCUGCCACUCGCAUCAAAAAGGCAGUGGAAAUUAGCCAAAUGAGCGACCAAUUAUGUGACUCCUACAACAGUCUUUUUACUGAUUUGAAAGAGUGGAUUAUAAAGAAGAAAGCUGAUUUCGAUCUUCGGAAGCCAAUUUUGAAUUUAGAAGAUGUCAACAAGAGCAUAGAAGGGCUACGUCAAUAUCAAACCGAAGAAAAACCGGCCAAAAUUGAGGAGAAGUCGCAUCUUGAGACCACGUUUCGCACACUUCAAACCCGUUUGCGUCUUAAUAAUCGGCCUCCUUACCUGCCAUCCGAUGGAAUGUUGAUAGCUGACAUUUUAAUCCUUUGGAAGGAGUUAGAGGUUUGCGAGAAAAAUUACGAGGAAUGGCUUAUGGGAGAACGGAAGCGAACCACCACGCUAGCCUACUGGUUAUCACGCUUUGAGGUCAGAUGCAAGACAUUCGAGGCCUGGGCAGGUGGCAAAUCGGACUACCUCAAGUCCUCUGAUUACACCACAUGCACCGUCGCAGAGGUCCGCCCCAUGCUGAAGAAACAUGAAGCCUUUGUCUCUGAUCUAAUGGCCCAACAGGAUCGUGUUGAACGCAUCGAGUCUAUUGCCCGAGAAAUUAGGUCUCUAAUCUCUUACGGUCAUAUGUUCUGCUGGUCUUGUGUCAUCUCCAUUUUUGCUACGCCUUUUUGCAACAAGAAUCCACUUUUAACUGGGGCACAAUCCGUUUUGGAAAAAAUUGAUGCGAAGCAUCUUGAGAUUGCUAAGCUCUCUGCGCCGUUUCAUAAUUGGAUGCAGCAGGCGGAGGAGGAUUUACUUGACAAGUUCAUCGCUCAGUCCAUCGUCGACGUUGAGAAACUGAUUAAAACUCACGGUGAAUAUGAGAAGUCAUUGAAGGCGAAGGAGAAAGAAUACGGGAACAUCAAGGAUUUGGAGGUCGAGAUUGAUGACCUCUGCAAACAGAUUAACAGAGAAUCUAUUGUGAACCCCUACACUAAUGUCACUACUUGCAUGUUGCAUGAGCAGUGGAAAAUGUUACAGAAGCUGACUGACCAACGCAGAAGGGAAUUGGAGCAGGAGAAAGAGCAUCAACUAGCCAGUGAUCAGGUGCGGAAGCGAUUUAUUCAAUUCGCGACGGAGCUUAAUGGCUGGCUUGAGCAGACCCAAGGACGCUUAAACAAUGUAGGCCUUGGAGAAGCCUCUCUUGAGGAGCAAGUCAAACUUCUCAGCAAUCUUAGUAGCGAGUUGGAGGCCCAACGGCCCAAGCUCAGUGAACUAGAAGAUUGCCAUCAGGUACAACUUCAAGAUGCGUAUGAGGAUCUCGAUCUUCCUGUCUCAAUGGCAACUUUGCGUUCUGUGUGGAAUCAACUGUCAACCGGCCUAAAAUACACGCAAAACGAAAUCGAAAAUCAAAUAUUGACUCGCGACUCCAAGGGCUUGAGUAAGACCCAGUUGGACGACCUGCGUCGUUGUUUCAACCACUUUGACAAAGACCAUACCGGUCGUCUCGAGUGUCCCGAAUUCAAAGCCUGCCUCGUCUCCGUUGGGCAUUCCAUCGUGGCAGAGGACAAAAAACAGUCUGAUGAGGAUAUUUUGAAGCUGAUGAAACAGCUCGAUCCCAACUCGAAUGGCUCGAUUGCUUUUGAUGUCUUCGUGGACUAUAUGACUCGUGAGCUUACCGACUUGGAUACAUCUGAUCAGCUGCUGCAGUCUUUUCGCACAAUAUCAGGAGAGAAGGGAUACUUGACGGAGGCCGAUUUGCGGCGUGAGUUGCCUCCUGAACAGGCGGAAUACAUUCUCUCGAAGCUGCAACCUCUGAGUGGCAACCCUGCUGGAGACACUGGCGCCCUCGACUUUGAGCACUACGUCCUCACUAUCUACGGCACCAAGUAG